GAGGAUGAGCAGGAAUCCCAAUUGCUCUACGAAAACAUUGAGCUACGAAAACCGAAAACAGUCUACGAAAAUCUACGUGGCGAGGAAACGAAACUCAUUUUAGAGCCAGACCUCAAACCAAACGUCAACAGUGAUCGAAUCGAAUUGGAUAGUCUCGACAGUUUGCCCGACAACAUGGAACAGGAGCUCGAGCUGCCAACAGAACUCCAUCUGGCACCAAUGCCAGCCAUGCCAGUCAGCAAAUCGCCAUCUUUCAGUGUCAAGGAGUUGGCCAAUAAAUUCGAGAGUUCACCCGUGGAGCAGCUGCCCAGCUUUGACUUUUCGGUGCGCGGCGGCUCCAUGAAGAAGCCAAAUGAGUUGAGUGUGCCUCUGUCCAUGCCCAAGGCCAUGCCCGCACCUGUCUCACUAAAGAAACUGAACAACGCACAGAAGAUCACGCGUUCACUGGACGAGAAUGCCUUUGUGCGUGAGUUUGGGGGCAAAAAGUUGCAGGAUCUGUCGUUGAGCAAGUUGCCAGAACUGCCAGAAAUGACAAGUCGCCGCAAGAGCUUCGAUUUUACGCGUCCCAAGACUUUGAAUCCCCCAAAGAGGCUGCCGGGGAUGAGCAUCACCGAGGAGAUCUGUCAGAAUCUGACGUGGCUGCAGCUGGACAACAAGGGGCGACGUCUGCCCCUGGCCGAUGGCGAGACGCAGCGAACCAUCAACACCCCGGCGGUGGGGGCAGCCUAUGGCGUGAGGCGCUAUCAGGCCCAGGCCCUGGACGAAAUUAACAUCGAAGUGGGGGAUAUGAUCUCAGUGAUCGACAUGCCCAGUCCCGCCGAGUCGAUUUGGUGGCGCGGCAAGAAGUCCCAUCUGCAAAAGUCCCUCUACGAGGUGGGCUUCUUUCCGCAGUCGUGUGUGGCCACCAUUGGCGACAAGGUGCCGAGGAAUUUCCCCAUGCCAGCGCCCCUAGUGGGCCAUAUGGAUGCCUCACCCACGCAGCCAGUGCUGCGGAAACAUGGCAAGCUGAUAGCCUUCUUUCGAUCCUUUAUCCUGUCGCGUCCGUCGCGGCGGCGGCUCAAACAGAGCGGCAUUUACCGCGAACGGGUGUUCAACUGCGAUUUGUCGGAACAUUUGCUAAACAGCGGCCAGGAUAUACCCAUGGUCCUGCGAUCCUGUGCGGAGUUUAUAGAAAAUUAUGGUGUCAUUAUGGUCGAUGGCAUCUAUCGACUCUCUGGCAUCACCUCGAAUAUCCAGCGUUUGAGACGCGCCUUUGACGAGGAACGAGUCCCGGAUCUAGGAAAUCCGGAGAUGAAACAGGACAUCAAUGCCGUCAGUUCGUUGCUAAAAAUGUACUUCCGUGAGCUGCCAAAUCCUCUGUGCACCUACCAGCUUUACGACAAUUUCGUGGAGGCCAUACAGGUGAAGGCCGACGAGGCGGAUGAGCGUCUGAGGCUGAUGAAGGAGACGGUAUUGAAGCUGCCGCCGCCACACUACAGAACCCUCAAAUAUCUGGCUGAGCAUUUGUACAAGGUCUCGCAGCAUCACGAACGCACUGGCAUGACGGACAAGAAUCUGGCCAUUGUUUGGGCCCCCAAUUUGUUGCGUUCCCCUGCCCUCGAGUCUGGUGGGGUGGCCGCCCUUCGAGGCGUUGGCGUCCAGGCCGUGGUCACCGAGUACCUGAUACGGAAUUGCCAUAACAUAUUCGAUGCUCUGGAGGAUCAGCGUCACAGUGUGCUGCCAGUGGCAGUGGCACUGAAUCCUAGCGAGAGAGGAGAGCUCCGUUUGGAGUCCCUCACCGACUGCGAGAGCCUGCUGGUGGAACAACGCGAACAGGAUCAAUCUUUGGGUAUGGUAGAGCGCCCCAAGAGCCUGAGCACGGGAGGAGCCAAGCUCAUCAGCCUGGAGGAGGCCCAAGAGCGACACUCACGCAUCGAGGGGGGAGAUCUGAAGCAUUCGCUGCCGAUUAGCACGCUGGCAAGCAGCUGCAGCAGCACCACCAAUGCCGCUGCUGCUGCUGGGAACGCAGCCACCAAUAUAGGAUCUUACAUCGAGGUGGGGGGAGGUCCCUCCAGUCUCCCCGACAAAUACCACACAGUGCUGUCGGCGCCACGCAGCUGGCAGAAGCGUAAACCAGACAAAACGCCCUCAUGGAAGUCGAUUUUUACGCGCAGUCAGCGUCAGGGCAAUGUCGAUCCCUGCCACAAGAUCACCAUUGAAGCGGGUGGAGGAAAAUUGGAUCCUGUGUCCUCGCGCGUUAGCUUUGUCCAGGCCUCCCAUGCGCAUGCCAGCAAGGAGCUCUCGAAGCACGACAAGCCCAAAUCCAUAGAGCUGCUGGAGACGACACACGAACGAGAGCCCAAGCCCAUGGAGCUGUGCAUACGCUCCAAUUCCAUUGACAGCCUGCGGACGGUGGGUCAUUCGCGCAGCGUCUCCCAUGACUCGUACUUUGACCUGCUGCAGUCCCCCCAGCGGGGACACGUGACCACCUGCCCCUCGAGGGAGCUCUCAGAGCUGGGGCUCAAUUUCGAUCGCGAGGAGCCGGAGAUGCGCAUCUUUUCGGAGAGCGAAUCGCUGGUCAGUUUCCCGCGUGUGGGCAAAGAGAACGUCCCCCCGGCCUCGGGCUGCGCCACGCGCAGGAUAAUGCGCGCCCGCCCCGAGGAGUUCCCCAAUCAGACGAACAGCGUGAAUCCCAGUCCCAAGAAGCAGCCGCGUCUCAAUCUAUUGUCUCCCUCGUCGGCCAGGGCCCUGCCUCUUCCAUUGCCAGCCACUGCCGUGGCGGCAGCGGCUCAACCGGGGCCGCAGCACCAUUGCGGCCACGAGCCAGCGGGUGCGGAGAACUGCUGCAAGCGCUACAAGCUGGAGGAUCAGCUCUGCGAUAUACAGUUUAUUGAUUGCGGCACGCCCGAGCAUGCGCCGACGGUGCAGCAACAGUUUGCCAGCGUGGAAGUGCAUCCGCCACCGAAGCCCGCUAGGUCGCAUGUGCCAGGACCCACAUCUCCUGCCUCGGCGCGGUAUAGCUAUCCCUCAGUGCAGUUGGGGGCCAAGCGAAAGGAGCAGCAGGCGGCCAAGGAGAGAUUUAGCUACCAGGGGACGUUCAUGCAGCAAGGGGGGAAGCCAGAGCAGACCCCACGUGCCGCAGUGCACAAUAACACGGUACCAAUGCGCACCAAACCCCGAGUGGAACUGCCGCCAGAUGCCACCGAUUCGCAGGGAAAGCUUUCGGUGGCCACACCCACAACGCCACAAAGGAGUCCACGAUACAGCCUGCUGCUGUGCGACACGGAGGAGAGCUCUGAGAACAGUUCGGCUGUGACCACACCCCAAUACGAUAUGGAGCCACUGAUGCGAACCUCAGCGAUGUCGGGCAUCUCUGGGGUAUCCUCCAACAUGUAA